CACGCGCAGAGACCCCCGGCUACCCCUGGCCCGUUGACUCAAUUACCCCCGGAGUACAUAUAAAAGGCCCCCAUAUCCCAGAUCUCCUCUUCUGCUUCAUCCACUCAUUUCUAUCCAUUCAUUUCUACACCACCUUAUAACUCAACCCCACCCCAACACCACCAACCAUGCGCUUCACCUCCAUCCUCUUCGCCGCCCUCCCCAUCCUUGGUGCCGUCUUUGCUGCCCCCUUCAACACCGAGGCCAAGAAAAAUCUCUCCCUUGCCCCUGCUUCUUCCGAGCUCGUCGAGCGCGAUGGGCUCUUGCUCGGUGUUCUCGCCGACCUCAAGGCUGAUGUCACCGCCGCUGGCUCUCUCACCGGCGUGACCGCUGAAGCCAAUAUCAACGCGUGCAUCCAAGUUGUGAUCGAUGCCUUUAACAAGUGCGGCUCGGCCCUUGGUAUCGACCUUUCUUUGGGCGUGGACGCAACAGUCGGCGUGGACCUUGGCCUUCUCAAGCGCGAGUUGCAAGAGCGAUCUGUCGACAAGCAAGCUGUCGCCCAAGCUCUUGUUGACGUUAUUGACGUCAUCAACGUCAACAUUUUGGUCCCCGUCAAGCCCAAACUGUUGACCUGUACCUGCUCCGACACCUACUCUCUUUUCACCGAACUUGACACGCUCCUCACCGGUCUUCUCUGCGCGUUGGACGCUGCUCUCAGUGACCUCCUCGUCAUCGUCAAGGGCCUCUUGACCACCGUGCUGGGACUGGCCUCUGUCCUUCUCGGAGACUUGCUCCCCAGCACCCUUGCCGUUUGCGGCUUCUAAGACUACUCGACAUAUCAGACUUGUUUGGCGGGGACUUGCCCUCUAUCUUGAACGUCUCUUCCCAUAGCUAGCAAUGGUGAUCUUCAUUCGGGUAGCGUUUGUCUAUAAUUUAUUGGCCGGUUCCUCUUCGUCUCAUCUAUCUCGAAAUCGUGCUUUUGGCAUGAUCCCCUGCUCCUAUGAAUCCUUGUGAUAUACUCA